GUAAUUUGAAACAAUGUUGUUCAGGUAUUCGUUGUUAGCUAUUACAACACUUCUUGCCGCAGUUAAAGCUGUGACAAUAACUGAAGAUACUAUUGACCGUGGUAUUCUAAAUGUGGACCUUGGAACUACUACAAUUGAAGAUGGCGUCUAUUGGUCCAUUAUUGAUAACGCUGUCACGGCAUUCUUAGGUGAUAUCAACGUCGGUACAGGUUCAGGCUUUUACAUUACUGGAAUUAGUUCAUUGAUUUCCUUGCAAGUAACACUUCUUUCUCCUAUUGGUAACAUUAACAACGACGGUAUAAUUGCUUUUAAUGCAGUUCAAUCAUUGCUUGCACCAACUUAUAAUCUUCUUGGCCUUUCCUUCACAAACAAUGGUGAAAUGUAUUUGGGAGCUGAUGGGUCAGUUGGUCUUCCAUUGUUCCUGAUUCUUACACCAGAUUGGAAUAACAAUGGUUUGUUGGUGUUUUACUUGAAAACUAGAACUACGGGACCUGUUAGUUUGGGUACACCUCUUGGUACCAUUAACAAUAACGGUCAAAUUUGUUUGUACAAUGAACUUUACACUCAAACUACAAAUAUUGCUGGUACUGGAUGUAUCACUGCAAUCGACGAUUCAAGUAUCUUUCUUUCUAAUACUGUCUUGAAUAUUGACAGCAACCAGUGGUUCUAUUUGCAAGAUCCACAGUCUUCUCUCAGAGCUACCGCUAUAAGUGUUCCAAAGACCUACAAUGUUGCUGGUUUUGGUAAUGGGAAUAAAAUUGGUUUGGAUAUCCCUCUUGUUAACCUUCCACCUUUGCUUGAUGCUUGGGACUACGAUACUACCACAGGUAUUUUGACUCUUCGUGGAGCAGGCUUGUUAUCCCAAAAUUUCAAUAUUGGUCUUGGUUAUGAUCCAUCCUUGUUCUCCAUCACAACUGAUGAUGACCUUGGAUUGUUAUCUGUUCUUUUUGGUGCUGUUUCAUAUGCUGGACCUCCUCCAAACCCAGCACCAGCCGUAUGCCAACCAUGCAAGCAACUUCCUCCUGCCCCUGGCACAAGUGCUACUGAAUCCACUACAACUAUUGUCACCACCAACUCCGACGGGUCGGUAUGUACUGAAAUUGAUGACGUUAUAAUCUCUACAGAUGCCAGUGGUUCUUGGUUCACAAGCACCUCGACCAUAACUUCAGAGUGUGCCACCAACCCCGAAACUACUAUUACAUCUACUUGGACUGGUUCCUUCACCACCACUGUUACUCAAACUGACACUCCAGGUGGUACCGACACGGUUAUUGUCGAAGUACCAACCAACUCUCAGACUACCCUUACCUCUACAUGGACCGGAACUUUCACAACAACUGUAACAGUCACCGAUACUCAGGGCGGAACUGACACUGUCAUCGUUGAAGUUCCUUCUACUGCCAACAGUCAAACUACCAUCACCUCCACAUGGACUGGUACUUUCACGACAACUGAAACAUUCACUGACACUCCAGGCGGAACUGAUACCGUUGUAGUCGAGGUUCCUUCUACUGCCAACAGUCAAACUACCAUCACCUCCACAUGGACUGGUACUUUCACGACAACUGAAACAUUCACUGACACUCCAGGCGGAACUGAUACCGUUGUAGUCGAGGUUCCUUCUACUGCCAACAGUCAAACUACUAUCACCUCUACAUGGACUGGUACUUUCACGACA